GUUCAGGUCCGUAGGAGGAUGUCUCAGACGGUCAUACCCGUGACGUCUUCAACCCUCGUCAUCCAGCUGCAGCCGGCGACGCACACCACCGCUGUCCCGACGCUCACCGCCGCUCCUGCUGCUCCUCUUCAGGGCCUUCAAGCGUUUCUGAAAGGACAACCCAAAGCCCUCGGGACGGUCCAGGUAAUGAUCGGCGUGAUGACUUUUCUGUUUGGCAUCGUGUCUUCAGUUCACGCAGAACCCAUCUUUAUCUACAGUGUGUGUUUGGUGAGGGCUUCCCUUGGAAUGAACAUCUUCAGCGCUAUAACCGACGGCAUUGCCAUCAUUUUACUUUUAAUAGAUUUGGUUAUAGCAGCGUUGAAUUACUGCGGUGAUUUUGACUGUUAUUUGAACAUCAAGUAUGAGACUCUCUUAAAGGGAAUCAGAGGUGUGUUGCUGAUAUUCUCCGUGCUUGAGUUCAUCAUCUCCAUCUGUCUGUCAGCGUUCGCCUGUAAAGCCGACGCCUGCUGCUGUCCUCCUCAGGUGCAGUUUGCUCAGGUUUUACCUCCACAGUCGUCUGAUGUGGUUCGUUUCCAGGAUCUGAACAGAUCAGAGAUACCCGUGACCAGCAGCUCUUUCAUUCAUCAACAUCCUGCAGACGUUCCUCCACAAUACACUGAAAGCAAAUAUGAAUAAGUGUUCCCUCAAA